UUCUUCGGGCUUUUCGGAUCGGACCCGAGAACCGACCCGAUAUCCGAAUUGCGGGAUUGAAUCCGGCCCCCGAGACCCGGAACCAAGCUAUCCGGACCACCUCCCUCCCUAAGACAUCCGAAGCAACACAAACGCCCGCCGUCCUUGUGCUUCCGCCGCCGCGCCUCGCCUCGCCUCACGGCCGUCUAGUUCGUGGAAGAAGAAGGCGGAGAAGAAGAAGCUUCUUCAUCAGCAUGCGAGAAAAGGCGGUCGAGGAGCCGGGGGAGUUGGCGACGCCAGGGGACGUCCUGGGAAGAGCGGCGGAAGUCAAGCCGGGGCGGGGCGCCUACCUGGCCCCCCACAGCGACCUCGUCUACGCCUCCCUCACCGGGCGCGUCCGCACCGUACCUCCCCCGCCCGGUUCGCCUGACCAGAGGCCGACCGUGGAAGUAAUUGGCCACAAAGCCCAUGGUGCAGUUCCAGAGCCAGGUUCUGUUGUUAUUGCAAGAGUGACUAAAGUGUUGAGUAGGAUGGCGUCAGCUGACAUACUUUGUGUUGGUCCGAAGUCCGUCAGGGAAAAGUUCACAGGAAUAAUUCGGCAACAAGAUGUUAGAGCAACUGAGAUUGACAAAGUUGAUAUGCACUUAUCUUUUCGGCCAGGUGACAUUGUCAGAGCUCUUGUUCUGUCCCUUGGAGAUGCACGAGCUUAUUAUUUGUCAACAGCAAAGAAUGAACUUGGUGUUGUAUCGGCAGAGAGUACGGCAGGUGCAACAAUGGUCCCGGUAAGCUGGACUGAGAUGCAGUGUCCAUUAACAGGUCAAACCGAGAAAAGGAAGGUCGCAAAGGUCGGCAGCCCCGCCACUCAUCAUCCCUCCUCACCAUCUCCUUCUCCUCACAUUCGCAACAACUUUUGCAAGCUUCACUCCUCAUCCAUGGCGUCCUCCCUCUCCUGCGCCGCCUCCGACCUUGCCCCGCUCCUCGUAGGCACCGCCAACUCCACGGCUAUGGCCACCUUCCUCUGCAGCCGCUUCACCACCAUCUCCAACCAGUUCAGCGACACCUCCUACGCGGUCAACAACACGUACCUCCUCUUCUCGGCCUACCUCGUGUUCGCCAUGCAGCUCGGCUUCGCCAUGCUCUGCGCCGGCUCCGUCCGCGCCAAGAACACCAUGAACAUCAUGCUCACCAACGUCCUCGACGCUGCGGCCGGCGGCCUCUCCUACUACCUCUUCGGCUUUGCCUUCGCCUUUGGCUCACCCUCGAAUGGCUUUGUCGGCCGCCACUUCUUUGGCCUGAAGGAGUUUCCCAAUCCGGCAAACGACUACAGCUUCUUCCUCUACCAAUGGGCCUUCGCCAUCGCCGCCGCCGGCAUCACGAGCGGCUCGAUAGCUGAGCGGACUCAGUUCGUCGCCUACCUCAUCUACUCCUCCUUUUUGACCGGCUUCGUCUACCCGAUCGUCUCUCACUGGUUCUGGUCUGGCGACGGAUGGGCAAGUGCGACCCGGUCCAAUAACGACUUCCUGUUCGGGUCGGGCGCCAUCGACUUUGCCGGGUCAGGAGUCGUCCACAUGGUCGGCGGCAUUGCGGGUCUCUGGGGGGCCCUCAUCGAGGGCCCGCGUAUUGGCCGGUUCGACCGGGCUGGGCGGUCCGUGGUUUUGCGUGGCCACAGCUCGUCGCUUGUGGUCCUUGGGUCGUUCCUCUUGUGGUUCGGGUGGUACGGAUUCAAUCCCGGCUCGUUCCUCACUAUACUAAAGUCGUAUGGAGAUAGCGGGAACUAUUACGGCCAAUGGAGCGCGGUCGGGAGGACAGCAGUCACGACCACACUGGCCGGGUGCACCGCCGCCCUAACCACCUUGUUCAGCAAGCGGUUGUUGGUGGGCCACUGGAACGUCACCGACGUGUGUAAUGGUCUGCUGGGCGGGUUCGCCGCGAUCACCUCGGGCUGCUCCGUGGUCGAGCCGUGGGCGGCGAUCGUGUGUGGGUUCGUGGCCGCGUGGGUCCUCAUCGGGUGCAACAUGCUCGCGGACAAGUGCAAGUACGAUGACCCGCUUGAGGCGGCACAGCUCCACGGCGGGUGCGGAGCAUGGGGGCUGCUCUUCACGGGGCUCUUCGCAAAGGGGAUCUACGUGGACGAGGUCUACGGCGGGCAGGGCAGGCCGCACGGGCUCUUCAUGGGCGGCGGCGGGCGUCUGCUGGCGGCCCAGAUCAUACAGAUCCUGGUGAUAUGCGGGUGGGUCUCGGUGACGAUGGGACCACUCUUCUACGGGCUGCACAAGCUCAAGCUGCUGAGGAUUUCCAGCAAGGAUGAGAUGCAAGGGAUGGACUUGACCAGGCACGGCGGGUUUGCAUAUGCAUACCACGAUGAGGACGAUCUGUCCAUGAAGCCCGCCGGGUUCAUGAUGAGGAAGGUGGAGCCCAACAACGCAAGCCCGACUUCUUACGAGAAUUCACCAGCCGUCUGAUGUGAUCUCCUUCUUGAUCUUGAGUCCCGAUGGUUUGUUCAUCUAGGGCCUUAGGGCAAGAACAAGUUCUUGCAGCAACUCUUUUCUUCUUCUUCUUGGGGUUUCUUUUUCUCUCUUGAAAGGCACAAAAAGAUAUGGAAAAAAGAGACAGAAGAGGAUGCAUACCGUCCAUGUCCAUAUUGGUGUGUGGUGUUUAUGAUACUUGAAAUUUGCAAUAAGAACUGGUGUGUUUUUCUCUUUA